AUGCAGCCAAUCCCCAUUGCCGACCUGUCUGAGAUAAAGUCCCUUUCGGAAUUGAUAAACCGCAUGAAUGUAGCGGGUUUUAAGGGCCUCCGGACAGAAGCAGAUUUUAUAUCGGUAUUUGAAAGCCUUGUCCUUGACUUCACGUCAAAUCCAGCCAUGAGUCCAGAUGACCACAUUAGAAGUUUCUUCACUUUUCUCCCUCCUGGUCAAUUUAUCAGUGGCUUUGAAGUACAUGGGCAGUCUCAGACUAACUCCGUUGAAGUUGGUGCAGACGGGGCUUCACCGACAUAUUCUGGAGAUGCUCCAACAACGGACGCCCAGCCCAAUGAGACACGACCCCUGAGGACAACACGCUUCGCUAGCAGCCCAAAACAUGUUCUUGCACACAUUAUCAAGACUGUUUAUACACACCUUCGCGGCCCAACAUGCAAAGAAGCAGCAAGACGUCUGGAUGGUGCCACUCGUUUCCUUUUACGUAACAAUUCCAAAGCUGCUCUGAUGGAGCCGCUCCUUAUCUACUCACUUAUUCAGGGGAAUGCCGCAUCCGCCAUCAAAUUCCAAAAUGUUCAGAGCUCGCUUGAGAAUACUAGUGACGACCUGCUACAGCUUCGGGAUGUGCCUCAAAAUGCAAUGAACAGCUCACCACAGGCUGGUGUAUACCCACCCCUCCUGUUGGUCUCUUACGUUGACCUUGCUAAAGCCGGGUAUACAAAUGAGGUUAAGAAGUUCGAAAAUUUCCUUAAGCGAAAUGCUGACGAAAGGGUUGUAGGCAAGAAGCUUUUCGGCAACUCUCUCGCGAAUUCCAACACACAUGAGAGAAUUACACGACUAGGAAGAGCUGUUGGAGUUGACAAGGCACUUUUGCAGAAAGUUGUCGAGCGGAUUGCCCACUUGGCGAUGGAUUCAUCAGAUGCAGCAUCAAUCCUCAUGCCCGAUGCACCGAAGGUUGCGGCUUUCCUUCGCGGAGUUUCCUUCUUUGUAUUUGAGGGUGUCUUCAAGCAGAAUAAUUCAUACGUUAUGCCGGGGCUUCCAUGCGGCGGCAACCUAACUGGCAGCAUGUUGGAAACUUUGACAGGAAAGAAGCUCGGCACGAAGUACCUCGUUUACAAGUAUACGAGUCCAUUAAUGGGUAAUUCAAUCCUUCCGGAGAGUGUGUGGGAGCCAGAUUCCGAAUCCCAACUUGCCCGGUAUCUCAAAGAAGGCCCCAUCGCAGACGGGAACUAUUUGUUCCAUCACCUGCCACGCGUUUGCGUGCGCCCUUCUCUUUUUUCAAAAUGCUCGAAGAAGCUUCCAUCUGAUACGAAAACCAACGAACAACAGCUCUGCCACUUCAUCCAUACCCAUCAGAGCCUCUUCUUUGAAGUCGACGGGGGAGGGGUCAACAUCAUGCGCAAGAGCAUGCAAAAGGGGCAGUUCACAGGCGGAAAUGUAACAAAGAAACACAAUGCGUUUGUUCGGAGCGCACGGGCAAUCCGCAGUUUCUUCUUCAACAAAACAUCUGCCGCUCUACUUCUCGUGCAAUGGGAGCGUCAUCAUUUCUUAGACAUUUCUUCGCUGUCACACCAUUUGGGACACAUCCUUCUGUACCAGUCAGCCUAG